AACGUCUACAGCCCUCUCUCUCUCUCUCUCUCUCUCUCCGCCCUCUCCAGAAAGCCUCCUCUCUCCCUCUCGUCUCCCCUCCGUCUCCCAACGUCUCCUCUGCAGUGUGCUGUAGCUCGCUGAGGACUCUGCAUCAUGGAUCGUCCCGGGUGUAUGUUGAUGGCCCGCUCCUUCCUGCUGUACCUCAGCGCUGCAUGGCUCCUGGCUGCGACCCGCGCCCAGCAGAGCAACUUCACCAGGCCGGUCUUCCAGUGCGGCGGUGACCUGGUGUCCGACUCCGGCUUCGUAGGCAGUGAGGACUUCCCCAGCUACUACAAACCCAACAGCAAGUGCACCUGGCGCAUCACGGUCCCCGAAGGCAACGUGGUCAUGCUGACGUUCCGUGUGAUGGACCUGGAGGCGGACUCGCUCUGUCGCUAUGACUACCUGGACGCGUACAACGGCCACUCCAACAUGAAGCAGAAGCUGGGGCGCUUCUGUGGAACGUUCCGGCCCGGCGCGCUGAUCUCCACCAGCAACACCCUGAUGCUGGACAUGGUCUCCGACGACGGGAACCAGGGCCGCGGCUUCGUGGCCUACUUCAGCGGCAUCGCGCCCACCGCUGACGAGCAACAGUUCUGCGGGGGGAGGAUCACCAAGGCCCAGGGAGAGAUCACCACACCCGGCUGGCCCAUGAACAAGUACCCACCAGGGACCAGCUGCUCCUGGCUCAUCACCGUGGACCCGGGCAUGGUCAUCAUGGUGAGGUUUGAUAAGUUCCUGCUGGAGGCAGACACCUACUGCCGCUUCGACUACGUGGCCUUCUUCAACGGCGGGGAGAGAGACAACUCCCGACUGAUCGGGAAGUUCUGCGGCGACAGAGCGCCUGAGCCGCUGGUUUCCAACGGCAACGUGCUGCUGGUCCAGUUUGUGUCUGACCUCAGCGUGACCUCCGACGGCUUCUUGGCGAGCUACACCGCCGUCCCCCACGGCACCGCCGUCGACUCCGCCCCCAGGCUGGACCGGCCCGUUACCAGGACCACCACCACCCGCGCCCCCACCACCACCACCACCGUGAAGCCCAGGGGGCCGAAGCCCCCCCGGACCCGGACCAGGGUCACACCGGGCCUGAUCGGAGCCCCCAGACCCGGGAAUGGGAAGAGACCGGUGAUGGGGAACCCGCUGUGUGCCAAGGCCUGCAAGAGGGACGGAACCAUCAAGACCAGCUACUGCGCCAGCGAAUUUGUGCUGACGGGUAAGGUCACGGCCCUGACCCCGGGGCCCCGGGGGUCCGUGCACGUGAGCGUGACCCUCAUCAGGACCUACAAGGAGGGCCGACUGUCCGUCACCGAGGGCGCCGCCCGCACCGUCAAGAUGGUGGCGCAGUGCAGGAAGUGCCCGGUGCUGAGGAAAGGGGCGGACUACAUCCUGAUGGGCGGGGUCGAUGAGGACGGCCGUGGCACGCUGAGCCACGGGGCCUUCACCGCCCUCUACAAGACCCCCCACGGCAAGCUGCUGACCAGCCUGGGCAAGCAGCCCUGUUAACCAGGCCUACACCACCCACAACCUGCCGACCAGCCUGGGCAAGCAGCCCUGUUAACCAGGCCUACACCACCCACAACCUGCCGACCAGCCUGGGCAAGCAGCCCUGUUAACCAGGCCACCAAGACUACACCACCCACAACCUGCCGACCAGCCUGGGCAAGCAGCCCUGUUAACCAGGCCUACACCAACCACAACCUGCCGACCAGCCUGGGCAAGCAGCCCUGUUAACCAGGCCUACACCACCCACAACCUGCCGACCAGCCUGGGCAAGCAGCCCUGUUAACCAGGCCACUAAAACUACACCACCCACUAGGCCUAACCACCCUCCAGGACAACACCACCCACCAGGCCUACACCACCCACCAGGCCUUCACCACCCAAUAGGAGAACACCACCCACCAGGCCUAUACCACCCACCAGGCCUACACCACCCAAUAGGCCUACACCAGCCACAAACGCUUACACCACCCACUAGGCCUACACCACCCACCAGGGCUACACUCAAUCUACGCAACCCACCGCCCUGUUAACCCUACCAGGCCUACACCACCCACAGCCAGGCCCUGGUGACCCCAAAACCUUUGAAGGACUGAGACCCCCACACCACCACCACAUUUCACAACAUCGAAAUCCAGGGAUCGUACCAACAAACGGAAACUGUAUUCUAGCAAUAAGAUGUGUUUGUGGCAAACCAACAGUUUUCCCUUCACCGCAGUGGAAUAUACCACUUUGUCUUACGUAAGACACAUUCCUGACUUUAAAUUGUAAUUUAUGUAUAAAUAAAGGAUUUAUAAGUCGUUA